CUAAUAAAAAAAACAAACAUAUCACUGGUUAUAUUUAUUUAAAAUAUCUUAACCUUCAUUCCAAAUUAUUUAGUUUUUUUUUUGUGUCUGUAAAUGCACUGAGGGUUACCUCCAUUUGCAGAGCACUUAGAGCUGAAAGGUUUCUACUUGAGAAUUCCUGUACCACCCACUCAACAUUGAUGCGGCUGACCAAGCCAUCACUGAUGCCUUUCCAUCCUCUAAUAUGUGAUAAAAGGGAUCUCUCAGGCGCCAUCUACCAACAAAUGGAUUUAGAUGACUUAUCAAAACCAAGUGGUGUGGACUAUUUUGGUGUCGGAGAUCUCCUAACACUUCCUCAAAAUUUUGGUAAUAUCUUCCUUGGUGAAACAUUCUCCAGUUAUAUCAGUGUCCAUAAUGAUAGCACACAGCUUUGUCGAGAUAUAGCAGUAAAGGCUGACCUACAGACCAGCUCACAAAGAUUGAUGCUCUCUGGUGUAACCCCACAUCCUACUGCUGAACUCACUCCAAAUGAUAGUAUUGAUGGAGUGAUUCAUCAUGAAGUCAAAGAACUUGGGACACACAUUCUGGUGUGUGCAGUUAGUUAUGUCACGGAAUCUGGUGAUAAAAUGGCUUUCCGCAAGUUCUUCAAAUUUCAGGUCUUGAAACCCCUUGAUGUUAAGACAAAAUUUUAUAAUGCUGAAUCAGAUGAAGUUUACUUAGAAGCACAGAUCCAGAAUAUUACCCCAGGUCCAAUAUUCAUGGACCAUGUCAGUUUAGAGCCAUCAGUUUCUUAUUCAGUCACCAAAAUGAAUGACAUAGAUGAGGAUGAUAAGGUUUAUCCAGUGUUUGGUAAAGUCAACUACCUCAAUUCCCUUGAUACUAGACAAUAUUUGUACUGCUUAACUCCGAAACCAGAAGCCUAUCUUGAAAGUAAGGUUUUAAAGGGUGUAACUAACAUUGGCAAACUGGACAUCACCUGGCGCACAAAUAUGGGUGAGAGAGGCCGACUACAGACCAGUCAGCUGCAAAGAGUGGCUCCUGGUUAUGGAGAUAUCCGUUUAACUGUGGAAUCCAUUCCGGAUACUGUAUCAAUCGAAACUACUUUUACUAUAACAUUCCGAAUAACAAAUUGCUGUGAACGCACAGUGGAUCUUGCUCUAAUUUUACAAAACCAUAACUCACCUGGAGUUCUUUGGUGUGGAGUGUCUGGUAAACAGCUAGGAAAAUUACCACAAAACAACAGCUUAGACCUUCCGCUUACUGUCAUAGCGACAUCUCCUGGUCUACAGACAAUUUCUGGCCUUCGACUGACUGACAAUUUCCUCAAGCGCACAUAUGAACAUGAUGAAAUUGCUCAAGUGUUUGUUUGUGAAUGACGGUCAUAAUGAAAAUUAUUUAAAUAUUUCUGCUCCAAUAAAUUGUAGCACUAUUGAAAUAAAACAAUUUAAUUAGA